AUGGGAGUACGGAUACGUACCUUCGAAAUCCCAUUUGCACAACGACUUGGAUGUCACCAGAAGGCGCCGGACUUUUCCAAACCAUCUUCAGUCCGUCAUCUGCUGGGCAAGAAGUCUUGGAACGUCUACAAUGCAGACAACAUCGCCCGCGUCCGUCGCGAUGAGGCCGCCGCAAAGGCCAAGGAGGAGGCCGAAGAGCAGCGCAUGCAGGAUGUGGACGCUGAACGUCGGCUAGCCAUCCUACGCGGCGAGGAGCCCCCGCCUUUGCCUCCACCUGAAGUCGCAGACGCGGAGCCCAGGGCUCGGGAUCGCGAUGCCGGCCUCGGCAGGGAGCGGAAGAAGCGCAAGCGCGCCGGCGAGGACGACACUGAAUUUGAGCUCCGCGUCGCCAAGGAGCGCUCUGAUGUAGUGCAGGCCGCCAACGACACGCUGCGCAAGUCCACAAGCUCUGCGCCGAUUGUCGACCGCGCCGGGCACAUCGACUUGUUUGGCGAGGAGAGGAAGCAGGGCCGCCAUCUCAAGAACGAAGAGGCCGAGAAGGAGUCGGCCAAGAAGAAGAAGGAGCUUGAGGACCAGUACACCAUGCGAUUUUCGAAUGCUGCGGGCAGGGACGGCAUGGUAGGUCCGUGGUAUGCCAAGUCAGAGUCAAGAGACAAGCCCGCCGAGCUGGAACCCCCGAGCAAAGACGUAUGGGGAAAUGAGGAUCCCGGACGUAAAAAGAGAGAUGCUGAGAGAAUCGUCGCAAGUGAUCCCCUGGCUAUGAUGAAAAGUGGCGCGGCCAGAGUUCGGGAGGUCAAAAAAGAGAGACAAAAGCUUGAGGCAGAACGACAGAAAGACCUGGAGCAGCUGCGCAAAGAAGAGAAGCGCAAAGAGAGGCACGAAAGACGAAGAGACCAGAGGAAGGAGUCGGAUCGUCACAGCCGAGACAAUAAUCGAGAUGAUAGGGAACGUCGGGACAGAAAAGAUGGUGAGCGAGGCCACCGCAGACGAGACAGCGAUCGACACCGCGAUGAUGACCGUCGACGGACGGAGAGGAGAAGCGAUCAUCGUGAAGACAGAAAAGGGGAGGAGAGAAGUCGCCGGCGAGACAGGAGUCGGGAGGAUAGGGGCCAUCGGCGGGAACACGAGCGGCACGACAAAGACUCAACGUCAAGACGACGGGAUGAUCACAAGCGAAGGGACAAUAGUCUACCUGGUAAUGACGACGAACAAAGGCACGAAGCAUAA